UCUAUGAAAGGUUUAUUUUGCAGAGCAGAAAUCAGAGUGAGAGAAAAAUUAAACAGAAUCGACUUGAAUAUAUGUGAAAGGAUGGCCACAACAAAGCUGUUGAAUUUCAACGUUGGUGUUCUUGGCCAUGUUGACAGUGGGAAAACCUCACUUGCCAAGGCACUCAGCACAACAGCAUCUACAGCAGCUUUUGAUAAAAAUCCACAAAGUAAAGAGAGAGGGAUCACAUUGGAUCUAGGAUUUUCUUCAUUUUCUGUUGAUGUUCCUGAUCACAUACCAGCCAGUGAUUAUGACAAACUACAGUUUACCUUAGUGGAUUGCCCAGGCCAUGCCUCUCUCAUCAAGACCAUCAUUGGAGGAGCACAAAUCAUUGAUCUCAUGAUGCUGGUCAUAGAUGUAACAAAAGGAAUGCAGACACAAUCAGCAGAGUGUUUGGUGAUAGGUCAGAUUGCUUGUGAGAAGAUGUUUGUUGUUCUCAACAAAGUAGACAUGCUACCACCAGAAAAGAAGAAACAGCAAAUCGAAAAGAUGACUAAGAGGAUGCUGAAGACGUUGGAGUCUACCAAGUUUGCUAAUUGUCCUGUAAUCCCUGUAGCAGCCAAACCUGGAGGUCCUGAUGCACCAGAAGAAGGAGCGGAAGGAAUACAGACUCUUAUUGAGGAGCUGAAGCGUCAGACGUACGUCCCCAAGCGUGACUCCUCUGGUCCCUUGCUCUACUCUGUUGACCAUUGUUUUGGUAUCAGAGGUCAGGGCACUGUGAUGACCGGUACAGUACUCAGUGGCAAAAUCAACAUUGGUGAUAAUGUUGAAGUGCCGUCACUGCAGAUCACACGUAAAGUCAAAUCCAUGCAGAUGUUUCGUAAACCUGUCAACUCGGCCAUCCAGGGUGAUCGUGUAGCUCUGUGUGUUACUCAGUUUGACCCUAAGCUAUUGGAGAGGGGUUUAGUGUGUGCUCCAGGGAUACUGCCCAUAAUAAGCGCUGCCAUUGUAUCAGUACACAGAAUACCAUACUUCAAAGGAACAUGUGCAACAAAGGCAAAGUUUCAUGUGACCAUGGGCCAUGAGACUGUGAUGGGGAAGGUAUCUUUCUUUGGACCAGCCCCUGGUCAUCAAUAUCAACCACAUGCUCAAGCAUCAGAGUUUAACUUUGAACCAGAGUACCUGUACGAAGAAGAACUCCACACGGUGGACAGUACGGGCAAGCAGGAGCAUAACAAGGAGAACAUUCCAGGAGCCACCAGUGAAGGAGAGAAGGAGACGUUGCCAACUCAACAGUGGGCCCUGCUGGAGUUUGAAAAGCCAGUAGCGUGUCCAAGGAACUGCUUAAUCAUCGGGUCAAAAUUAGAUACAGACAUUCAUACCAAUACUUGUAGAUUAGCAUUCCAUGGUAAACUACUACAUGCAAUAACAGACAAGAAUUAUGUUGAAACAGUACUACCUCAACUGAAGAUCUAUAAAACAAAACUAAGAGAAGGACUCAUAGACAGGAUGACAGAUGAGUAUAGUGUGAUUGGCAGGUCAUUGUUCAAGAAGGAGACAAACCUACAAACCUUCACCAAUCUCAAGGUUCAACUCUCGACAGGAGAGGAGGGUGUCAUUGAGGGAGGAUUCGGACAGAGUGGAAAGUUCAAAGUCAGGAUACCAAAUGGAUUGCAAUCAGAAACAGUGCAGAUGCUGAGUGCAUUAGGUGGAAAGAAGAAAGGAAAAAAAGCAAAAGCAGAAUCUGUCCCAGAACCAAGUGCAGCCAAAGAGUCACAUGAAGAGCAUCAACCAAUCAAAAUCAGCCUUAGAUUCAAGAGAUACAUUUAUGACACAAAGAAACAGAUGAUCCAAAAAUGACAAAAACUGUUUAACAGAUAUAUAAUUUCUAUGUAGCAGUCCCUUCAGAGCCUUUUUAAAGAAUUGUUUCAAAUAAUAGUAUUCUUUUAAUAAAUUUACCAUUUUUAUUAUUUUUAUUUUUUAUUAUACAGGUGUUCUUUAAAAGUAGGGUUUAAGAUUGCCAGCCAUUUACCAAAGAUUGAACAGUAAUACAGUCGAAUCUGUUUAUUACAUCUAUACAAGGGAAACAGAAGAACAAAAGCUGCUACUAUAAACAUGGGACCUCAAUAUGCAGCAACCACUAUAGACAGGUGGCCACUAAGACAAUCUGAGUCUGACUGUAUAAUACUCAACUUAAUUUGUGUUGCAAUACAGUUUGAAAAUGUGUUGUUUGUUUGCUCGUGUCUCCCUAGAUCAAGAUUAAUGUAAUCUUGAUCUUCGGAGUAGUUGCUACAACCAACCAGCCCCGGGGUGCGAGAUAGGACUCUUGUACCAUGCCCCCACUUAACACAAUUAUAUAAUAACAAUUAAAAUUACGUUUCACAAGUGUAAAAGAAAGUUAAAAAUCAAAAACGUGAACAAAACCAAAAAUGCCAUAAUCUCCAGAGUAUCUUGAUCGAUCCCUUUUGUUAAUGAAAGCUUAUAGGGCAAAGUUACAGAGUUUUGUCAGGUGCUCUUCAGAGAGUUGUUCUUUCACUUCAUCAUACAGGAGGAUGUCCUUAAUUUGAGUGAUGAGAUACCUCAUGAGCACACAAUCGAUUUUUAAGUGGUAAUAGGUAGGCACCAGUGACUGACUUCUCCUUAUUUCCCCACUAUUCUUAUCCACCCACUCUCUGAAAUCAAGUUUCCUUAGGAUAAGGUCUUUUGGGGGAUCAUUCAUUCGGUCAUCAAAUUUUUGCAAACAACCGGAGCAUCUGCUGAUGAGGCCACAGUCCAUAGAUCGAACUAACGAUCCGUCUAGCAUUGCUUGUGACACCCAGUUUAGCGAGCUUGGUUUCACAGUUUCUCUUGUGAUGAAGCAUGCAGUGAAGAUAUUUUUAUAUACCUUGGAAAUAUACCUUGGAAGUAGGCAUUGUAAGUUAAAAACUUAUUUGCCCCUCGUUGACAUUCGGAUGAAGAAUCCAUAUUUUGACACAUGUUGAAGAUGACUUGAAUCCUUGAAGCUCGAGGUGGCUGCUAUGCCCUACUGAGUGCAAGUUCUCCAUCUGUCCCAAAGAAUGGUUUGCUUGUGUUUCGAAGACCUUUAGACAACUCGUGCCCAAUGUGUGGUAAUUUGUUAAGAUUAGAAUUUUUU